AUGUUAACACGGCAAUCGCGAAAUGACGUCGAAGCACAAGGAGAACAAACCAUCGCACAAAACGACAUCGAGUCAACAGAAGCCAAUUUCAAAUCGUUGUUGAGAAAGCUCGCUUAUUUUAACCGAUCUACGGCUGAUGCUCUAGAAAGUGAGUACGGAAGUGACAAAAUAAACAGACAAUAUACUUUGCUUAAAACCAAACUGGACGAAGCGUACGAUUUAAUACAAACUAUACAAGGUUUAAAGUUAGAUUCCGACGAGAGCGACGACGCAAUCGAUCAAUGGACUCAGGAAAGGAAAUUACAAGUGCAACCCUAUGAAAAUGCGGUCGAAAAGCUCGACGAAAGGCUAAAACAUGACGAAAGUAUGGAUCAAAAGAUUUGCUGUCAAUUGUCGAAGAAGUAAAAGAAUUAGCGGACCACUAACGACUGAAGAGACUGAGGAACAAUUGAAAUUUCUGAUUAAACGAGCUCAAGAGGACGGUGAAAAUUCUGUUCAGUUCAAGGAACAUUCUCAACGAUUGAAUCUCCAGAAAAAUGAAGAAGGCAUUUACGUGUGUAAGGGGAGAAUUCAAGGGUUUUAUCCAAUUUACUUGCCAUCAAAUCACCUCCUAUCUCUGAAGAUUGUCGAACGUGCACAUCUUUGCACUCUGCACGGCGGGGUUGGGUUAACCAUGAGUAAAGUACGCGACGAUUAUUGGAUCCCUGCAUUGCGAAGUCUAGCGAAGAAAGUCAUUGGUAAAUGCUAUGGGUGUAAACGAUUUUACACAACGCCGAUGCCCGGUCCACCUCAGGGGAAUCUUCCAAAAGAACGAACUGAAGGUGAAAUCCCCUUCGAAGUAACUGGUGUCGAUUAUGCCGGACCAAUCUAUUACAAGGGAAAUGGGGGGUGAGCGUAAGUCAUAUAUACUCAUCUAUACCUGCAGUUUAACUAGAGGACUUCACUUGGAGAUUCUGCCAAACAUGAGCUGUGAAGAGUUCCUGAUGAGUUUUAAAAGAUUUAUCGCAGCAAGAGGUCGUCCGAAGAAGAUCAUAUCCGAUAAUGGAAAGACUUUCGUGGCUGCUGCCAAAUGGAUCAAGAAAGUCGUACGGAACGAAAAGUUACAAGGCUAUCUGAGUGAACAUGGUGUGAAAUGGCAGUUCAAUCUAAGCAAAGCUAGCUGGUGGGGUGGAAUGUUCGAGCGAAUGGUCAGCAUAGUGAAACAAGCUCUUUACAAGGUCGUAGGAUCGGCCAAACUUACCUUCAAAGAAUUGCAAGACGUGAUGCUAGAUAUCCAGCUCGUAUUGAACAAUCGACCACUAUCGUACUGCGAGGAUGACAUUCAACUUCCCGUGUUGACGCCGAACAUGAUGAUCUUCGGUAAAGCCAAUUAUCUUAUGGAGUUAUCACCUGAGGAUAUAGAAGAACGAAACCUGCGAAAGAGGGCGAGAUAUUUGAAGAAAUGUAAGGACGCGUUAUGGCAACGAUGGAAACGAGAAUACAUGAGAGCACUUCGCGAAAGGCAUAAUUUAACACAUGACGGGAAAGGGCUACGAAAGGGUGAUGUUAUGUUAAUCAAAGGUAAUGAAAAGAAUCGUAGACUGUGGAAAAUUGGGAUUGUUGAACAACUUAUACCCGGAAGAGACGGAGUGGUUCGUGGAGUUAGACUACGUGCAGGAAAAUCAUUCAUGGAAAGACCAAUACAAUUUCUUUACCCUUUGGAAUUGCAUUGUGAUAGAGAAAGUAAUCAAGAAACUGUUCCAUUGAAUCCUGUUGCAAAGGAGUUCAAACCGAAGCGUAGAGCGGCUGUCGAUGCAAGGAAGAACAUUGAACUAAUUUAUGAUCAGGAAGAGGAAGAACUGUGAUGGGUAGAGACGGUGAAUACGUGUAGACGUUCGUGUGUAUAUAAGACAGAUAAGUUAUAUUUAAAACUUACGUUCUAAAUAGGGGGAGUGUGUCGGGAAAAAGGUUGACAUUAAUAAUUAGUGGUUAAAUUUAGAGAUGAGGUGACUGCCACAUAUGGAAUUGAGUGACAGGCAUGAGAUAAAAGGAAUGUUAAUUGUUAUUGCAUGGGGAAUAUAUGUAACUGGGAGCGAUUUGGGAAGGGAUUAUAAUACAAAACACAAAAUAAACGCGUAAUUUUGCUCUUAUUGUGGGGAUCGAACGAAAAUCUACCACAAUAGUUUGUCUUCAGUUCCCAAGAGUUGUAGUCUUGAAUCAUUGUCGCAUAUGGAACACUCGUUACUGCAUAUAGAAGAGGAUCUACACAGAAUUUUUGAAUGGUGUUGCAAUAACAGUCUUCUUGUAAACCCAGAAAAGACCAAAAUGUUGGUGGUUGGUACACGACAACUCAUGAAUCAAUUGGAAUCUCCCGUUUAUAUUAAUUUUAUGGGAGAAAAUCUUGCACCUGUGACAGAGGUUAAGGAUUUGGGUAUGCUUUUGGACUCCCAUCUAACGUACGACAAACAUAUACAAGCAUUGUCCUCAUCGUGUAUCUCAAAAUUGCGUCAGAUUGGUCGCGUGAAACACAACUUUGAUCAGUCAACACUAGUUACAAUCAUCGAUACAUUAGUCAUGAGUAAAAUUAAUUAUUGUUCAACAGUAUGGUCUAAUACGUCAGAUGGCAACAUAAAAAAGAUCCAAUUAAUCCAAAAUUGCGCAGCCCGAUUAAUUACAGGGGUACAUAAGUAUGAUCAUAUAUCACCAACAUUAAACGCGUUAGGAUGGUUGUCAAUCAAAGAACAUCUAUUGUACAGAGAUGCGUUAUUGACAUUUAAAUGUAUGAAUGACAAAGCUCCACAGUAUUUAUGUGAUAAUUUUGAACCACGAAACAGAACUCAUAACCGAGAUACUAGAAGAAAUGGAGACCUGGAUAUUCCAAAAUAUAGGACAUCGAUCGGUCAAAGAUCGUUCAAAUACCGAGGGACUAAGAUAUGGAAUGGUCUAGAUACAGAGCUGAAAUCAAUUAGUGAUUUGAACAAUUUUAAGACGAAACUUAAGACAAUUCUUAUUGAGAAGCGAUGUCCUUCUUUUUAA